ACAAACAUCGUUAUCAGUCGUUUCUAAUUUUCUGACAGGGACUCGUCCCUGUUUCUGAAGUUUCUUUUCGUGGUUUUUAAACUUAUUAUGAGUUGAUUCCAAUUGCAAACAUUUUCUGACACUUUUUCUUGAUUUUGCAGCAUUAGGAUACAAAAGGUUGAAUAGUUUGAAGCUGACUUGGAAGAAUGGGAAAGCACGAGGUCGGAACCCCAAAAUACAUUGCCAAUAAAAUCAAAGCCAAAGGAUUACAAAAGCUCAGAUGGUACUGUCAAAUGUGUCAGAAGCAGUGUCGAGACGAGAAUGGCUUCAAAUGCCAUACCAGCUCCGAGUCCCAUCAGCGGCAGCUACUCAUAUUUGCAGAUAACGCAGACAAGUAUAUCGAUGAGUUUUCAAAGGAGUUCUCUGAUGGCUACCUGGAGCUCUUGCAUCGACAGUUUGGUACGAAACGAGUGCAUGCAAACAAGGUAUAUCAAGAUUACAUCGCUGACCGCGAUCAUCUGCACAUGAAUGCAACUCAGUGGGAAUCCUUGACUGAAUUUGUUAAGUGGCUGGGUCGUGAGGGUAAAUGUGUCGUUGAUGAAACAGAAAAAGGAUGGUUUGUUUCAUACAUCGAGCGAGAUCCAGAGACAAUUGAGCUCCAGAAUCAACUGGCAAAGAAAACUAAAAUGGAAAAAGAUGAUGAAGAAAAGAUGCAAGAAUUCUUCGAGCGCCAAGUCAAACUAGGACAGCAGUCCAGCUCGUCCAGGAGUGUCAGUGCGCCUUCAGAAUUAGUCAGGGAGAACGCAGAUGAGAAGUUAACGCUUAAGUUGGUCACAAAAAAAACAAUGGAGCCUCCUGCUCCAAAAAGAACCCUGUCAGCGCUAGAAAAACUAGAACUUGAGGAAAAAGAGAGACGAAAGAAGGCCAGAAUAGAAGAAAAGAAAGCAGAAGAAAGGAAGCGAGAAAAAGAAGAAGAGGUGAAACCAAUCAGGAAGGCACAAGAUAAUGAAGAUGGAUGGCUGAGUGAGGACAUUGUUGUCAAAGUUGUAGUUAAAUCUUUAGGUGAAAAGUAUUACGGGAAGAAAGGUUAUGUUACUAAAGUCUUGGAUAAGUAUGGUGCUUUAGUGAAGAUGAUUGAUACAGAAGUUAAAUUAAAGCUAGAUCAAGAUCAUUUGGAAACAGUAAUUCCAAAUAUAGGUAGACAAGUUAAAAUUUUGAAAGGACCUCAUAAAGGGUCAGUAGCUGAGUUGGUAGACAUUAACACUAAUAAGUUUUGUGUUCGGCUUAAGGUUAUUUCAGGGAAAUCUAAGGGUGAAAUUUUGGAUAGGAUACCAUAUGAGAACAUGAGUAAAUUGUACACAAGAUGAAAUCUUGUAGAAUUUUUUAAUGAUUUUGUUAAAUAAGUAUUUGACUGUCCAUAUUCUCCGGUGUUUAGUUGAGCAAUGUAUGUAUGUUGACACAAUGUAUGGCUGUAUUGGUGUCAGACUGACGAGGAUAUAGCAGUGUUGAGCUUACCUACAACAGUUAUUUCAUCUCUUCAUGAAAUACAAUUGCAAUGAGGUUGAUAAAACCUGUGUAAGGAGAAAAUCCGUCACUUAGUGUAAGUGAUUUGGAGGAACAACAAAAUUUUUUGCUUUUCAAUGAGCAUAUUUUACAGCCUGACGAUAAUUCCUACCUUAAAUCAUACUUGAAUAUUUAAACUUUAAAAACUGGAUUGCUCUUCAUUUGAAUGUUGUUGACAUGGUGUAAUUUCUUCCAUAAAACUAAUCACACGUUUUUAAGGACAAAUAACGCUUCCAACACCAAUUCUCUUCAACAGCCAGUUGCCUUUUUUGAAAUCACAAUUGAUUCGAUCUAUCAAUUUUGUACAAACAAAUUGCAUGGCAGCACAAAAAUUGUAACUUUUAAAAAAAAAUUUUCAUUGUUAAAAAUUUAGAUCUUUAAGUGUCCUCUUCAUAGCACAAACCCUCUUUUGAUUCUUGUACAUUCAGUCCAAUCUACAGAGCUGUCUCUAAAGGCAUUUCACACAUAUAAUCUCAAAUGUAUUAAAAAUUACAGCCUUCUCCUGUAAUCAUGAUUUUCAAGGGCUUUAACCACUGUCAUUAAAGCCUGUUCCUAUCAAAUUUUUCAAGAAAGACAUGCUCUCUUUUGAUGAUUGGUUGGAUCAUCUUUGGAAAACAUGCCUAUCAUGACACUUAAAGAAUUCAGCAAGAGAAAACAGGCACCUAUGGUCACUAUUCUUUCAGUUUAAAAUUGAGUUUUCUUAUAAUCCGUUUUACUUGUGCCAGUGGUGUCUGUAUCAUGACUUUAAUAAUUGCCAUGAAAGAAUGAAUCACUGGGACCCUCGAAUUAAUCUAUCCCCCUUUCUCGAUUAAUGGCUGAUCAUAUUAAUUAUUUUCUCUCGACCAACUUGUUGCUCUCUUUAAAACGAAUGGAUCUUAGCACUGUACUUUAGUUGCUCCAGUGCUCAAUAUUUCAGCAUUUAUAAACUGAUUGAUAUACUGUAUCGACCACCUAACUACCCAAAUCAGCAACCCAUGCCUGAAGUAGCCGUCACCUCAUUAUCGGAGAUAUUGUAGUACCACAUUCGCUGCUUACCCAAAAUUUAAUUUGUAACUGAAAAAUUAAUUUGCAUUGAUAUUUCUGAGCAAUACAGUACCCAUGACUGAAAUAA